AUGCCGUCCCGGAAAGCGCUGGCCGUGGCCGGUGUGGCCGGCUGCGUCUGGCUGAGCUCGCAGCGGGGCCGAGUGCUGCUGGAGGGCCGCGAUGUUGCGCCAGUGCCACAUGUCCCACGCUCGCUGCGCGUGCCGCGGCUGCUACGGCGCGCGGGAGGGAAUCCACGCAAGUCUCUCUCGGGAGCUUUGCAAUCCACAGAUUUGUGGCAAUUGGAGCCCUCGCCGGAAGCAGAAGAGACACUACCCCAGGCGCCGAAAGCCCAGCCCUUCUCUGCGGAUGCCGUGCUUCGCAUGGCCAGUGAGGGACAGAGCCAACGUGCUGGGCGCUGGUUGGAGACGUUGCUGACACGGAAUUUCUUGGAACUUGAGUCAAUGGUCAACUGCUUUGGUGCUUUGGCGGUCUCCUAUGCCAGAGAGGGCAAUGCUGGGGCCGCCAUGCGCUAUCUGCAGCGCAUUCGGGACGUUGGCGGCACGCCGGAGGCGGAAAUUUUCCGAUCGCUGCUGGAGGCAUUCGCUGAAGGCGAGGAACCAGAUCCAGUGAAGACCGAGAGUUCUCUGGUUCUGUUGCAGCAGAUGAGGCGUGCAGGACAUGCUCCUGAUCUCGAUUGUUGCAACGCGGUGCUGCGGAGUCUAGGCCUGCGCAAUAACGACCCAGCGGCCGCUGCCAGGUGGAUGAAAAAUGAAAUGCCCCAACUGGGCGUGGAACCGGAUGUAGAGUCGAUUGAGAUCCUGGUGGAAGCCUACUUCUUGCAAGGCCUUCGAAAGGGUGCCGCCAGCUGGUUGGCACAAUUGAGGCAGCCCUCCAUGCGCUUGCUGGCCAUGUUUCGCGACCGGCUCCUACAGACGGAUGAGGGGGAGGACUUGCGGUACUACUUGAACCUUCCCCAGCUGGGCGGGCUGCGGCGAAGUCGCCAGUUGGUCCGGAGGCUGCUGAAGAAGAGCAGCCCUGCGGAGGCUGAGGCGUGGUUGGAGCGAUGUAUGGGAGACGGCUUGGAGCCUGACAGGAGCUGCUUCACCCGCAUCGCUACCGCCUGGUUGAGUCAGGGCGAUGCACAGCGCUCAGCGCUCUGGUUCAGUCGGAUGGUGGAUGCAGGCCACAUGAAAGAUGAAGAUACCGCGGCUGUGCUGGCCGAGGAACUGAAGGAUGCAUCCAAGGAAACUGAUGCCGGGAAACCAGAGGCUGAGAAUGCCACCAUGGUGGUGCUACGUCUGGCGCAGAGUGGUGCAGUCACAGCAGCCUCCACGCAGCUCCUAAACGCCCUGGCGGCUUCUGAAGACGUCGACGGCCGGGCCUUUGAGGCGCUGCUGGCGGCGCUCAGCACGGCGGGCCGCGCCGAGGAAGCAUCGGAGUGGUUCCGACGGAUGAUCGCCUGUGGCAUAGAGCCAGGUGUGAAAGCCUGUUGCGCCCUGGUGGAUGCCUGGGGCAGUCGAGGCGAGGCACCCAAGGCGGCGGAACUGCUGGAAGAGCUGGAGGACAAGGGCCGGCGGCUGGACCGUUUCGCCUACACCGCGGCCGUGGCGGCCUUGGCGGACGCGGGCGACUGCGAGCGGGCUGAGGCCUGGCUAAACCGGGCCGUAGCGCGCGGCUACGGAGCAGAUUCGGCCGCGUACAACGCGCUGCUCAAAGGCCUGGUGCGGCAGCGGAACUUCCAUUCCGCCGAGGAGCUGCUGGGGACGAUGCGCAUGGAGCGGCUGUUGCCGAAUGAGAUCACUUUUACCACCAUCUUGGGUGGCCAUGCUGAGAAUGGAGAUGAAGAUCAGGUGAAGAAGUGGCUGGAGACGAUGAAGGACUCACAGGUCUCGCCCAAUGAGGUGACCUACGAGGCCAUCAUCGGUGGCUUAUCCAAGCACAGCCUGCAGCAGGCAGAGGCCUGGUUUCAAAAGAUGAAGACGGAACAGUUCCAGCCUCGCGUCACGACGUACAACAGGCUGCUGGCCGGCUGCGCGCGUGCGCGGGACCUGGCCGCUGCGCAACGAUGGUUCAAGGAGAUGGUCGCGAAGGUGAAGUCUGAUGGAGUGUCCUAUCGGACCAUGAUGGACGUGUGCGCCAAGGUGGCGGCCCCGCAAGAAGCCUUGAAGUACCUCCGGAAUAUGCAGCAGCGAAUGAUCAAGCCCAACGUGGUGGCAUGGUCGUCUCUGUUGUGGGCCUGUGCGGCCAAGGGUGAUUCGGAGGCCGCCGUCCAGGGCUAUGGCUUGCCGGCCGUGGCUUUUGGGUGCACUUUAAUCAUGAAAUAA